AUGGAGGCGGACCUCAACAAGAAGAAGCAAGCUCCGACAAGGGCGCAUCGCUCUCGGAAAGCUCCGCCAGGAACCGUUCUCGCCUUGAAACCUAGUCAAGCUCUUCAGAUUAAACCUAACAUGACCAUUGCAGAGGCCGCUCAAUUGAUGGCAGCAAAGCGGGAGGACUGCGUUUUGGUUACCGACGAUGAUGAUCGCAUUGCUGGAAUUUUCACCGCUAAGGAUCUCGCUUUUCGUGUGGUGGGAGCUGGCCAGAAAGCUCGAGAUAUUACCGUGGCCGAAAUCAUGACCAAGAACCCUUUGUGCGCGAGAACCGAUACCAGUGCUACCGAUGCACUCGACCUCAUGGUUAGGAAGGGCUUCAGGCAUUUGCCAGUUAUGGAUGAGAACCAGGACAUUUCUGGUGUUCUCGAUAUCACCAAGUGCUUCUAUGAUGCGAUGGAGAAGCUGGAGCGCGCGUACAGUUCGUCCCGCAAGUUAUACGAUGCGUUAGAAGGUGUUCAGACGGAACUCGGCUCCAGCCAGCCUCAGCAGAUCAUCCAGUAUGUCGAAGCUUUGCGUUCGAAGAUGUCUGGUCCGACCCUCGAGACUGUCCUUGAUGGCCUGCCGCCCGUUACAGUCUCCGUUCGCACGUCUGUGAAGGACGCUGCUGCUAUGAUGAAGGAACACCACACCACCGCCCUUCUGGUGCAGGAUCAGGGAUCGAUCACCGGUAUCUUUACCAGCAAAGAUAUCGUACUGCGUGUCAUCGCUCCUGGUCUUGACCCGUCGACAUGUAGUGUGGUUCGCGUCAUGACUCCUCACCCUGAUUUUGCGCCCGCCGAUAUGAGUAUACAAGCUGCGCUACGAAAGAUGCAUGGUUAG